CUCCCGGAACAAGCAAUCCCGAGCUGCUUCCACUCCGGCCGCUUUCAGUUUGACCGCGCGUCCAGACGAGAGCCUGGGGAGAAUGAGUGCCGCACCGUAGGUUCGGCAGAAACGAGUCUGAGAGCGACGAGUCCAAGACUCUUAUACAGGUCCGCAUUCUUGCGUCAUACCUCCAUUGCAUGCGCCCCAACACAACCCCAUCAUGAGCACCACCACCCUACCGCGCCCCUCGCGGCCCUCAGUCGCCCCUCCCACCGGCCCCCUCCCGUCUCUACCCGUCCCCAAAUCGCGAGCGUCCAAUGUCACCUCCUCUCCUAGAUUGCCCUCCUCAUCGCUGCCCUCUCCUGCCACUGCAUCUCGGACCCUUUCGUCAUCGGCAUUGCCCCAGCGACAAACCACAAAAGCACACUCGAGUUCGUCCUCCACCAUACCCACUCUAACCGGCGCCGACACUCCGGCCGGCCCGUUGCCACCGGGACGGACACUACGAAAGACCGUUAGCAUUGGUGCCUUUCCGCAGCCACCAAAGCAUGGGAAUAGGUCUACAAGCCAUCCUCCCAGUCCAUUGUCGGCGAGCUCAACGCCUGACACCGUGUCGUUGGACCAGAGGCUGGCCUCAGUGUCAAAGGUGGCCAUCCCGUCCAGGCAGGGCAGUCUCAAGAAGGCAGUCCCCCGGGCGUCAAGUGUAGGAGGUCGAGGACUCCUGGGCAAGCCGCCUCUUAACUCACCGAGCUUCCUAAAUGGCAGUGGAGAGUCAGCCUCGGUCGCAAACACGAGUCAUCUCAGCUUACCCUCACCUCCACAGAGCAGGAACUCUUCCGCACAAGGCUCCUACGCUACCAGCACAACUACCAUUGAAGAUGCAGAUGAUGAGGCUCGGGCUCGGGUAGAUGGCAAGGCUGACGGCAAUACGACGCAGAAAGAUGGUAAAGGCAAUGUGAUUGUCAGCGUACGAGUCCGACCGGACAUCGUCAAAGACAGCAAACCGAACCUUGACUGGGAGGUCGACAGCAAACGCUCCAUUAUUGCAUACAGAGGCCGUGAGGGCGGAGAGUACUUGUACGACAAUGUCUUUGACGCUCAGGACAACAAUGCCCGCGUGUACGAUGCUGCUGCUAAGAGGCUGGUCCGGCGGGUCAUGGAGGGCUACCAUGGAACCGUAUUCGCAUAUGGUAUGACGGGGACGGGCAAGACAUUCUCGAUGCAAGGCACUGCUACCAAUCCCGGUGUGAUCCCCUUGGCCAUCACCGAUAUCUUCUCCUACAUUCGCGAAACGCCGCAUCGGGAGUUUCUGCUGCGAGUCAGCUACCUGGAGAUCUACAACGAGAAGAUUCACGAUCUCCUGGCCGGACCAGUCGCAAGUGCGAAUGGACAGCCAGGCCCCCAAGAGGAGAUCAAGCUGAGGGAGGACAGUAAGCGUGGCGUGUACGCGACACCCCUGAAAGAGGAGAUUGUGCAGAGCCCCACGCAGUUGCUGAGGGUAAUUGCCCGUGGUGAUAACGCCAGAAGGGUCGCAGGGACUCAGUUCAACGCGCGCAGUUCUCGAAGCCAUGCGGUUGUUCAGAUUGUCGUGGAGAGUCGAGCGCGUGGCUCGGGGGGGUCUUCGGUACAAGAGAACAAGCGCUCAGCCAUAGUCCCCGGAGGCGUUCGGGUGUCGACAUUGAGUCUGAUCGAUUUGGCCGGAUCUGAGAAAGCGGCCGAUGACAAAGAGAGGCGUACCGAGGGGUCUCACAUCAACAAGAGCUUGCUUACGCUUGGAACCGUCAUUGCUCGGCUGUCCAGCGAGAAGGAGAAGGCUGCCGGGGAUAAAGAGAAGGGAGGCAAAGACAAGCAUCUCCCGUACCGGGACAGUAAACUCACGCGUUUACUGCAGCCAGCGCUGUCGGGGAAUUCGCUGGUCAGCAUCCUGUGCACCAUCCAGAUUGGAGCCAGCGGAAGUAGCGCAGCAGCCAACAGCCACGCGGGCGAGACGCUGAACACGCUCAAGUUUGCAUCGCGGGCAAAGAACAACAUUGUCAGUCAUGCGAAGAAGGCGGAUGAGUCGCUUGGAGCUGGCGCAGAUGCAGGAAGCCGCGCAUUAUUGGAGCGGUAUCGCAUUGAGAUCCAAGAGCUGCGCAAACAGCUCGAGGAACAGAACAAGGCGAAAGAGGUCAAGGAGGAGAAGGAGGAGCGAGAAAGGGACGAGGAAGAGGAAAAGGCGCGCGAACUCGAGGACAGGCAGCGUCACGAGGAGCAAAUGCUCGAGAUGCAGCUAGCACGUACUGCGUUGAAAGAGCGCAUUGAGCACCUCAACAGACUCAUUCUGAGUUCCAAGUCCAUCGGUGUCAACAACGGAAGGUCGUUCUCGUCCAUGAGCCACAGUCGCCACUCGGUCCUCAGCAACGGAGACAGGUUCCAAUUGCGCUCUGCGCGCUCGUCUGCCACGCUGGAUGUACCGGCGUCCCAGACGCCUUUCCAAAGCCCUCCACUCGAUGGGUCUGAGGAAGACGAUUCGGUAGGCGAGAAUGGAGACGGGAGCGCCAGCCAGGCAGCCCAAAUCCAAGCGCUGCAGGCCGACCUCGCGGACAAGAAUCGCUACAUCAGCACCCUGGAGAAGCGACUCCUGCACGCCCGACGCUCCAGCCAUUCCCGGGUGUCCAUGUCGCUCUCCCAAAAACUUGCGGGCAGUAGCGAAGACGGCGGCCUCAUCGCCACCAUUGCGGAGAAGGACGCGGAGAUCCUCAGUCUGCGAGCACAACUCGAAGAUAAAGAGAAGAUGAUCGCAGCACUCACGUCGGCGAGGAAGAAGAGCGAAACGGCACACGAAGUCGGCGUGGCUAUCAGCACGGAUGGUCCCUCUGGCAGUCGACGCGUAUCGCAUCAGCGUAGCGUGGGCAGCGGGAGUUCAAGCGCCAAGGUAAAGACAUCGAGCCCGGUUAGUGUCAGUUCGAGAGAGCAGCAUCUGUCGCACACGUCGAAGAGCGAGCGGGACCUGGAUGAUGUGACGCGAAUGCUCGAUGAGAUGAUCUCGGGACGCGUGGACGCGAAUGCGAGGAGGAGGAGCAAUAGCCUGAGGCUCGUCAGUGAGCAGAGGGGAUGAGGGCUGG